GUGAUGUCAGCGUGGGUAUUAAGUGCGACGCUGACAUGGUUGGAGACAAAGAGGCCGACGUGGAUUUCGACAUCAUCCCUAACGCCAACGACACAUUCACGGUUAAAUACGUCCCCCCUGCUGCUGGAAGAGUCACCGUCAAAGUCCUGUUCACUGACCACGAAGUUCCACAGAGUCCUUUCAGUGUAAAAGUUGCUCCAUCCCAUGAUGCAUCGAAGGUUAAAGCAGAAGGUCCUGGACUGGCUCGCACUGGUGUGGAGAGCGGAAAGCCGACUCAUUUCACGGUGAUAACUAAAGGAGCCGGCAAAGCAGCGCUCGACGUCUCCUUCUCCUCCGACGUUAAUGACUUUGACGUCAUCGACAACUACGACUACUCCCACACCGUCAAAUACACACCUGUGCACCAGGGGGAGACGUCGGUCAUGGUGAAGUUCGGAGGAGAUCCCGUCCCCAAGAGUCCGUUCACUGUCGCAGUCGCUGCACCUCUGGACCUCACCAAGGUCACCGUGGACAACCUGAGUGGACGAGUGGAGGUGGAUCAGGAGCAGCAGUUCAUGGUUGACACCAAGGGUGCAGGAGGUCAAGGUCACCUGGAGGUGGCGGUGUUGAGUCCUGAUCAGAGAGCUCUUCCCUGUAAGGCGGAGCCUCAGUCCACAGACGCACACGUCACAUUGGUUCGUUACACGCCGACAGAGGAGGGCGUCCACACCGUCCACGUGUCCUAUGAUGGACACGCCGUCCCUGGGAGUCCCUUCCCUGUGGAGGCUCAGCUUCCUCCAGAUCCAAGCAAGGUGAAGGCCUUCGGUCCUGGUCUGAGUGGAGGUUUGGUGGGGGACCCGGCAGAGUUCACUAUCGACACUAAGGGGGCGGGGACUGGAGGUCUGGGUCUGACGGUGGAAGGUCCGACCGAGGCCAAGAUCGAGUGUUCGGACAACGGCGACGGCACCUGCUCCGUGUCAUACCUGCCCACCGAGCCUGGAGAAUACCUUGUGAACAUCCUGUUUGAGGAGGUCCACGUCCCGGGCUCGCCCUUCAGAGCCGGCAUCCAGAUGCCCUUUGACCCCUCAAAGGUGGAGGCCUCGGGUUCGGGCCUGAAGAGAGCAAAGGUUGGGGAAACCAGUGUGGUGAAUGUGGACUGUUCUCGGGCCGGACCGGGUCAGCUGACCCUGGAGGCUGUGCCGGACUCGACCAGUCCCACCGGCACUACACCAGGCUCAGGUGUGAGAGCGGAGGUGGUGGACAACAAAGACGGGACCUACACCGCGACCUACGUCCCUCUGACCUCAGGCAUGUACACGCUGCUGCUCAAGUACGGCGGCAAACCUGUGCCCGGUUUCCCUGCCAAGGUGAUGGUGGAUCCUGCUGUGGACACGUCCACAGUCACAGUGUUUGGACCAGGAGUGGACGGACAAGCCGUUUACAGAGAAGCCACCACAGCGUUCACGGUCGACGCCCACGCUCUGACGCGGCGAGGGGGAGACCACGUGAAGACGGAGGUCAGGAAUCCGUCUGGAGCGCUGACGGACUGUCAGGUGACGGACAAAGGCGACGGGACCUACAGUGUGGAGUACACUCCUUUUGAGAACGGUACGUUCAAGUGCGGCUCUACUGAACAAAAGAAACCCGGUGUCAUG